GUUGUUUGUGGAAAAUAUUUAUAAUUUAAACCUAAAAUGGAUGGUUUUAAACUGAUAAAGACAACUUUUGAAAAGAAUAAAGAAAUAGUUGGAAUAAAUUUUAAUGGCGAUGAGAGUUAUUAUUUAUUUGUAGAAGAAGUUAUGAAAGUGUACAACUUGCCGAAAGGCUCCGAAAUACAAGUAUAUUCCGGAGAAUUUAUUAUAAAGCCGCAUAUAUUUUCAAACUUUGUGGCACAAUAUAUUAGCAACCUGGAUUUUGUGUUGGACAUUAAAGUGGCAAGUACUAUAAAACGGUGUCAUACUGCAACAACAUCCAAUGAACCACCUCAAUUACCUACAACUUUGGAAAUCCAACAAAUUCCUGAAAUACAACUAGUUAUGAAGGAAAGAGCUUUGCAAAAUAAGCACCGAACAAGGAUAGCAAAGGCAGUUAUAGCUUUGAUUCUUACUGACAAUCCGGACAAAAGGCUAUUAAGAGAAGAAUUUAUGCAAUUGGCGGAAUCCAUAGUUGAAAUCUUUCCCACUGAGGUUAAGGAAACCUAUUACGUGCCCUUCACAAAAGGCCAUUUAGCAAGGGGUAAACUAUACGACGCCUAUAAUAACACAAGGGCACGAUUAAGUGCUACAGGAGUUAUAAGAAGACGUAUUAAAUUUAAGACCCACUCAACGGCCGUUGCGGACGACUCAAGUAUUUUAAGUGAUGGCGAAUUUGAUGAAAAUCAAUUGGAAAUUAUAAAAUCAGGAUGUGCUGAUUGGAACUUGGUACUGGAAAUAUGGCAAAAAACACACUGUUUCAGACAAAAUGAAUUUAAAAAUGAAAAUUUAGAGGCAAUGGAAUAUAUGGACAAAUAUAAGGUGCUGCAACAUGAACAUAAUUAUGAGUUGUUCGAAAUAGAUUACAGAAUGUUAUAUCCUACAGCAAAAAGCAUUUACGAAUGGAAAUUAUAUUAUCACAAAGUAAUCGAUAAAGCCGAAAAGCUAAAAGACAAUUACGUUAAAGAAAUAUUAAACUGUAUUACAAAUACCUGGGAAGAAGAUUCAAAACUAGCAUUAUCCUUGCUGUUAGUACCUUAUCUCUUACCAACCUCUAGACAAAAAACAAAAUUGGAAGUACAAGAAUCGUUUAUUUGUUAUAACAAGAAUAUUGUAAAAGAAGAGGAAGAUGAUGAGGAGAAUGAUUACGUUAAACGUAUAAAACUCGAUAAUCAGCCAAAAGUUUAUUUAGUCGGUGACUGCAUCAAUACUAUCAGCUUUGCUUACCUGGAUAUGUAUGGAAGAAGACACCGAUUUCUCAAUCCUUUGCAAGCCAUCGAAGUAUGCUUUCAGUGUUUAAUGGCAAUGAAUAUUAAAUAUCCCAAAUGUUGUGAACAUGUUUGGUUAUUCAUGCAAAAACUUAUUUUCCAAAUAGACACACCACACGAUGCAGUUAUACCAUCCACAAAUACCCUGAUAAAUGAUCUACAAUUGCAAUAAUUUCAUAUAAGAACGGUCAUAAAUUUCUACAUAAAAUUAUUUUAUACCAAAAAAUGAUUAACACAAUAAAUUUAAAUCAAAAUUUUGAAGAUAAAUUAUUA